GAUAGGAAGCCUUUUGUCACUAAGGCUGUGCUGCUGAAAAUUGAAGGAAGGAUGUUAGGCAAAUAUAACGGCCUGGGAUGAAGUUACAGCCCCCCCAGCUCAUUGUCCAGAGGAAAUGGAUCUCCCCUGUGGACAGAGAGGUGGAAACUGAGCAAGGGAGCUGAGUGGUUGACAUCAUCAGGCUGAGCAUUGGGUUACAACAAAUGGGGACUUACUUGGCCCGAGACAUGGGAAACACCCACUAAAACCUCGAAGUGCAUUUCAUUUAGAGACACAGGGAGAGAGGGCAAGAAAGAAUCCAGACUGCACCGCCGGCCUGGUCUGCUAAUCUUGCCAACCCUCAAAAGGGAGGCAUUUUGAAUCCUGGUUUCUUAAAUUCUCCCUUUGCUUGUGACUGAGGAGGAGCCCUGGACUUUGGAGAAACUCUGCUUUUAAUUUCCACACUGAUUAGUCAACAGUGGAAAAUCUGAAGAGAUGCAAGUAGGAAAAAGAAACUAAACCAGGCCUGAGGAGCGAUGCAACAGGCGUGAUGGAGGUUGAGUCCUCCUACUCGGACUUCAUUUCCUGUGAGCGAACGGGCCGUCGGAACGCGGUCCCGGACAUCCAGGGGGGCUCUGAGGCUGUGAGCGUGAGGACGCUGGCUGGAGACAUGGGCGAGCUGACACUCGAGGGCACAGAAGGACAGACAGAGGGGGGCACCCCCGACAAGGAAGCUAGCAACCAGCCUGAGAGCAGCGAUGGGACCACCUCGUCUUGAGUCUGACCUUGCCCAUGGAGGAUGGAAAAGAGACCUGCUGUCCUCACCUGGACAGGGAGCCCUGGCACUGGCCUCACAGCCUCUUCUCUGAGCCCCUGUCCCAGACAAGCCAGGCCCGAGUGAAAAGGCACCCCUCAGAGGCCACCGUGGCCCGUACCCUGGAAAAGCCCUCCGCCUGCACCCUCAGGCUCCACUUGCCCACCACCUCUUCACUGUGCCCAGGUACACUUCCAAGACCCUGUAGCUGUGGGGCAUUAUUUAUUCAGCGGGCGCCUGAGUGAGCAGCCCCUGCAAGAAUGCACCUCCACAGGUGGCCUGGGCAGCAACCACAGCCCAGCUCUGCCCCCCCCCCUUCUCCAAGCCCAACCUUCUGGGUCAAGAUCUUCAUAUCCCUUUUUUUAAAAACACUUUUAAACUUUUUAAAAACUUUAAACUUUUUUUCCAGGAGAGAGGGAGGGAGCUGUGUUUUUGUUUUUUUGGGUCUUUUUUGGAAGGCAUUAUAAGUUAAACUGACCAUCUAUGCAGCUCUGCGUCCCCUCAUGGAGCUCUACAGAUCCAUUUCUAGGGAAGGGGUUUUGUGCUCAAAACUGUCUGAUCAACUCUGCCCUUUCUACCAAGAUAAGUGACACCUAGGACCCAGGAAAUAAAUGCAAAUGAUUUGUGUGACUGGUUUACGAUUAUUUCUCCUUUAAACAGCAAAAGCAGGGG